AUGCAGCUUGACCACUAUACACCUUCAUGUAACUGGAGAAGCCUCCAAAAGUCUUUAGGAGAUUCUAAGAAAAUCCAAAAAAAAACAAAGAAAACCCCAUCAAUUAAACCAAAUAAAAAUAAGGCAUUGAAAAAUAAUGUAAAGAUAAAGGAAUCUUCAGAAGCUUUUUUUUCUUUUUUAAAGCCGGGUUUUUGCAGACAAAAAAGUCUAUCAGAUGAACAUAUAAUUCAGUCAGAAAAAGAAACAAAUAAUACACAAAAAACACGGUUUAUGAAUGAAGUAAUAUUUAUAUAUACUUAUAAGAGUAGUAUUGGACGUUAUAUUGCAUUAGAUUGUGAAAUGGUUCAAGUAGGACCUUGUGAUAGAAAAGAUAGAGUUUUAGCAAGAAUUAGUAUCGUCAAUUACCAUGGAAAUAUAAUUUUAGACACAUUCGUUAAACCUAAAGAACGGGUGGUAGAUUACAAAACAUGGAUUAGUGGUGUUACUCAUUCUGAUUUAGAAAAGGCACCUAGUUUCGAAGAAGUUCAAAGAAAAGUUUCAGACUUGUUAAAAAAUAGAAUACUAAUUGGUCAUGCAAUAAAAAAUGAUCUUGAUGUACUUUUUUUAUCACAUCCAAGAAAAGACAUAAGAGACACAAGUAGAUUCAAGCCAUUUAAAGCAUAUUCCAAAGGAAGAACUCCAUCAUUAAAAAGAUUAGCUAAAGAAAUUUUAAAUAUAUCUAUUCAAGAUAAAACACAUUCUUCGGUUGCCAAUAUUCAUCAUUUUUUUCUCACAACUAAUUCAUAAUUAUUCUAUAGGUAGAAGAUGCAAGAGUAACAAUGCUUCUUUAUAGACGUUAUAAGUCUGAAAUGGAUCGUGUAUCAUUUGCUAUUCAUUAAAUCUAAAGAAAAAGGAUUAUUAAUUUUUCUAAUCAUUCAAACAACUAAAUUAAUUUUAAUAAUAUGAAAUAGAUGGAAAAUUAUCAGAAAAACAUGAUUUUUUAAUUUUUCAAAGAUCAUUUACUCAAAAACACAUCAAAACAUGAAUUAUCAUAUCUAAUAACAAAAAUACUAUAUUUUUUUCCAAAAAAUAAGAAGAUAAUUUAGAUACAAAAUUUCAAAAAAUAAUUUAUAUAAAACAGAAUUAUGCAACAUGAUUAGAAAG